AUGUUCACUCCACGGCAUGCGCCAUUGAAAGAAGGUCGCUCUUUUCCCGGCCUGCCAUAUGCUGGCCCUUCGAGACGGGCGCUCAGAUCACGCCAAGGCGCACUGUUACUCCUGGUCCUGAUAUGCGUCCCAUUGAUCUACUUUCUAUCAUCAAGCCCCUCGACCUCGACAUCCGACGCCCUCCUCCAGUCGCCGGCGCCGGAUAGCAUCAGACCACCGUCCAGCGAGCCAAGGGAACCAGGGCGUGACGACCCCGAAGUGGCGCUGAAACCGAAUCCCAAUGAGCACCAACAAGCCCCGUCCAUCGACCCGGUCGGCGCAGAUUUGAUCGACGUCCAUUCACCCGCUGGAGGCCGACCGCCCUUUGAAGCUCCCCCAGUGGAAGCUCCGGUCCAGAGGCCUAAGGCUCCCGCUCCGGCCGCGGGCGAGGUGGAAGAUCAGGAUCAGGAGCGCUUUUCUCCCAACGACCAUGACAGAUCCGAUCCGGCGAAAUCGCGGUACCAGCAGAGUCCUAGCUGGGGAAAACCGGCGUCUGACGAAUCGUUCUCGUUUUCCGAGCGUCGCCGAUUCGAGAGGGCUCUCACCCGCGUCAUCAACCUCUUGCCGGGGGAGAUGGAAGGCCGAGACCUGCUGCGACAAGUCGAAGGGACCGGUAAGGAGAAGCUGCGUGAAAUGGGCCUCCGAGUCCGCGAGUACAAGAAGUUCUUCGAGGCGUGGGAGGAUCUGCAUCUGACCUCGGACGAGGAAGGCGGAACGUAUGUGCGGGACGAUGUGAUUCAGUAUCUCCGUCACCAUGUCCAUCAGCCGUCCUCGGACGAGCUCUCCGAGACGGGGUUCGCCCAAACCGUUCAUUCCUACGAGGCUUACCGAUACUUCCUGGUCAAGUUUGGGCAAUUGCUUUUCCCCUGGACGGCCCCGUACUUUCCCGACCACAUGACUCUCCACUCGCACUUCAAACGAGGUGGUCGAGGCAUCGUGCUCACCGCCGGCGACGACCAAGCGCCCUUCCUUCUGACCACCAUCCCCACGUUCCGGAAGCUCGGAUGCGACCUUCCCAUCGAAGUCAUGUACCUGGGCGACUCGGAUCUCAGUGAAGACUAUCGCGCCGACCUCGAGGCGCUCGACGGCGUCAUCACGCGCGACAUCGCGCAGAUGGUGAAUGAUGAAGGCUGGAAACUGGCCGGUUGGGCCGCCAAACCCUUUGCCAUCCUCUUCUCCAGCUUCCGCGAAUGCAUCUUCAUCGACGCCGACAGCUUGUUCUUCAGGAACCCGGAGAUCUUGUUCGACGAUCCAGGCUAUCAACAGACCGGAGCUCUGUUCUUCCGCGACCGAUUGAUCAUGCCGGAAAACAAGAAACGUUGGCUGCAGCAGAUCCUGCCCAAGCCCAUCUCGCGACAAGUGAAACAAUCUCGCUUCUGGACGGGGGACAGUGGCCACAUGCAAGAAUCCGGUGUGGUCGUCGUAGACAAGUGGCGGCAUUUCAUGGCUUUGCUCCUGGUCACCCGAAUGAACGGUCCCGACAGAGACGGUAACAAAGACGAAGGCCGAGUUGGGGUCUAUGACAUGGUAUACGGCGACAAAGAGACAUUCUGGAUUGGAUGGGAGCUGGUCGGGGACAUGGACUAUUCGUUCCACCAAGGCGAUGCCGGGGCGAUGGGUGUGGUCCAAGAGGCUCCAGUCAAGGAGGAGGACAAGAAGAAGAAAGAGGAAGAGAAGAAAGGACCCAAGGAGGAAGAGAAGAAAGAAAAGCCCCCCCGGAGAAAGAAGAAGGAGCCGAAGCCCGUGGUGAUCAACGAAAAUGGCGAAGUGGUGGAAGGCGAUGCCUUUGGCGACGGCCAAGAAGGCCACGAGCAAGGCCACGAGCAACACGAAGAUGGCACAGAGGAAUUCGAAGAAUUCGAACAGCAAGAAGAGCCGCCGGAAGAGAAGAAGCCCGAGCCGAGCAGCUACACCAUGUGUGCGCCUCAACUGCUCCAUCUCGACCUGGACGGCAAGCCGCUCUGGUUCAACGGCUGGCUGCUCGACAACAAGUUCGCCGACAAGAAGCAGAAGAAGUUUGCCAAGUUCGAGCACUACCUGAUCGAGCCGCGCGACGUCCGAGAGCCGGGGGCCUGGCAGCUGGAGGAGAGUAACAUGUGCUGCUUGACCACCGAUGCGCCCCUGAAACGAGACUUCACCCUGGAAGAGAAGGCCGUGUUGGACAUGAUGAUCAAGUCGGCCCGCGACGCCGGCAUUACGGGGUGA